AUGGCUUCCAUUGAGGAGUUCAUAGCAGCCCUCAGUGCCAAUCAUCCUGACGAUGCAGAGGACCUGGCUGAAGCAUCCAAGGUGCUGCAGAAACAAAAAAUCAACACCUUGGAGCGGCUGGCAAAGUUGACAGAUAGUCAGUGGCAACGCCUGGGUUUGGCUUUGGGCAUUGAAGCUCUGCUGCGAGAGGCGGCCAGUGAGGCAGCGCUUGAGCCACAUGCAGGUAAGCCUACAGUCGUGUCCCUAGAGGACCCUACCUGCUGGGAUGGCGUGUUCACCAAGGAUCUCUGCUGCGACAAGAGGUAUGGCCCCAAAGGCAAUGAAGGCUGCUGGGAUCCUGUCCACACCUUUGAACGCUGCUGUGGAGUGGAAGAGGACUGCAGGGUUUCUGAAGAGUUCAACCCGGAAAAGUGCUGCGAUUUGGUCAAGAGUGAUCGGGGUGACGAGGCUUGCUGGUCUGGCGCUCAGACCUUUGAACAUUGCUGUGGAGGCAAUCGCACACCACGGGUCACCGGGGAACCACCCUUGGAGAAGCUGCCUACCUUCGGUGAGGGCUGCUGGGAUGCUGAACGCUUGGUAACCUUCGGCAGAUGCUGUGGUGGCACCGCUUUUGAGGAUGUUUGCUGGACUGGAGACUUCUCUUACGACAGAUGUUGUAUUGGCCUUGGUCCAAUACAAAGGUACUUUAUGGAUCUUCCGAAAGAGCAUGACAUGGUGCGCUGCGUGCGUGAGGGUUUGGAAGGCCCAUCAAAGGCCAAAGCCAACAUCACCUACGAGGAAUGUUCGGGGAAGUACCUUUACGUCUCGGCCGUCUCCUACCGCUACGCAGAGGUGGUAGCGAUGCAUGACUUUUGGUGGCAAAGACCCCAAGACGAAAAAAUGGAUCGCAUCGGUCCAGAGGUGACUGCUCCAGAAUGGCUUUCUCACGCAGGGGAGGUUUGUGUCCCCAAGAUAUGCAGUGAAGCGGCAGUAGCUGGCUGGUUUGCAUCCAUGGUGGAUAUUGGGCAAUUUUACAUCCAGCCCAGCUACCGAGAGCUCAAUGACAGCCAUGUCCGCGUCUCACCACUAACUGCACGGGAGCGGCCGUAUCCCAGUUUCCGAGGUUCUUGGCUCACGUUUCGACCUCAAGCCGAUGCUCUAUUGAGGAAGGAACAAAAUAUUCAACAAUACUUUGAGUUUGUUCUCACCGAGAAGUUGAGUUUAAGGCAGCUCGAACUUAGCGCAAAGACGCAAGGGGUGCUGCUGGCACUGACUCUUCCAACGAUACUUGCCACUCUUCUCAGUCUUGGUCUCGAGGUGGUACGGCCUUUGGCACUUCAGACCAGCUGGAAAGCACUUGGGGCUCCAAGGCAGCGAUACUUUGACCUGUUUCGAGUGGUCAUCACAAGCUUCGUCAUUGCCCAACAUGUCAAAGAUCAUUAUCUCUUUCCUAAAGAUCACACUUCUAGCCCGUUUGGCUACAUGCUCUCUACAGUCGAGGCAUUUCCUGAGAAUGCACUCGUUGUACUGCUGAUGGUUUUCCUGGUGCUUCGUCGAUUGGACACUCAUCCACCUGCAGUACAUGGUAUUUUCUCAUGGUUGGGUCACUUGAUUUCCUACGCUCUUCGACGAUGGGCUUUAAUUCUGUCUGUUGUCGGCAUUUGGUUGUACAUAUAUUUGGCAGUGAUCAUUGAGGAAAUACCUCUUCCCAACAUAGGCAAGAGCCGCUUUUUAUACAUUUGGUUCUGGCGACACCGACUCAGUUGCGCCCAAAGCAAACAUUGGAUUCCAACCAUUUUCCUGGCUCACGAGGUCCUACAUGCCAAACCCACGCCUUGCCACAACAUCAACAUCUUCGAGGCAAUCUUUCAGAUUGAUGUUCUGUUGACGGCAGUUCUGGUCCUGUUGCCCCGGCGUUUGAGCGCGUUGCUCUCGGCUCUGACAUUUAUUCCACUUGCUCGAUGUGGCAGCGUGCCGGACGAUGGUCCUCCAGCAAGGUCAAUUGAUUAUCUACCAGUUGGGCUGCUGACCGUUGCCAUUGCCAAUGGUUUGCCAAAAGCUGCGACCCUGGCACAAUGGCGUUGGCCAAUUAGGUGGAUCCUGUGGCUCUUGGCCGUGGCAUCCUACGGCUGCUUUGGUCUCUUGACCGCUGAAACAGAGGCAGACCUGCAGGUAAGACGUCUCGGACGCGAUCUGGGAGUGCCCAUUUGGGUGCUGCGGGAAGUGCCGGCGUUGCUGGGCACGGUGCUGGUGCUGCGACUACUGGAUGCGCAACCAUCACCACUAGGUCAUGGCUGGUCCCCACUGAGUGCACUUGGGCGACUCUGUGGACAGAUCAACAUAACGCAUCUCUUUGUUUUGCAAAUCCACAGGGGUUUUGCAACUGGCAUGGACGGCAUCACCACAGACGACAUCUUUCUUCCUCCCAGCCCAAGUCUAUUCCUUUGGCUGUGGGCCGGUUUGUUCGUUUGCUCUGUGGGUGUCGCCACGAUCCUUUUCCUCUUCGUGGAAGGGCCUGUGCAGGCCCUGCUGGGUCGCAGAGAUGGUGGCCGGGGCGCCAUCAACGGCACCAGCAACGGACACGUGGUGAACGGCCACCGGAGAUGA